GAUGUAUCAAUCGGCGUAUGAAUACCCCCGCAGGUCACAUCGGGCAUAGAUCCUCUCUCUACGUGGUUGAUUAAAACGCAGCCACAUUGGAGCCAGACGAAGGUUUCCCUAAACACUAGGACGGAUAAACGGACGCAGUACGCAAGUACUGUACGACUCGGCUCUGUCUACUGACUACUGAGUAUAGAACAUGGCAACGAACUCUGAGGCGGUGCCGAAUGUGGAGGAUGAGGCCUUUGAGCCACCAACAUACGACGAGGCCUUCCCAGCCCUCAAGGCGGAAGUGCGAGAACCAACUCCCAUCACUGAUGACUUUACAUGGCAGCCCAAGUUUCUGAACCGAUCUAAAUGUACUCAGGUCUUCACCGUACCCCUGGAAGAAAGAAGGUUCAAGGAGAUGAAGGAGACCCAGUUUGGAGAAGAGAGUGAACAAGCCAAGAUCUGCAAGGAAAUCAUGAAUAAAACUGAUGUGUCAAUUGAAAUCAGCUUGGCCAAGGACCAAAGUUUGACAGUAGUGAUUCAUGGCAAGGCACAGGACGUGAUCAAGGCACGGCGUGAAGUUCUCACAAGGCUGCAGACUCAGGCCAACAUUCAAAUCAAGAUUCCUCGUGAACACCAUCGGUUCCUCCUCGGCAAAAGUGGGAAGAAACUGCAAGACCUUGAACUUGCAACGGCUACUAAGAUAUACCUACCCCGUGCUGAAGAGAACUCGGACAUUGUUCGAAUUGUUGGAACGAAGGAUGGCAUUGACAAGGCCAGACAUGAGAUCCAAAUCAUUUCUGACGAACAGGCUAAGUUGGCGUUUGAACGACUCCCAGUACCGAAAGUGUUCCAUCCAUUUGUUUGUGGUCCUAACAACGCCAAUAUCAAACAGCUGAUGGAGGAUACAGGUGCAAAGAUCAAUGUUCCACCACCCAGUGUGAUGAAGGACGAGAUCGUUGUAUCUGGUGAGAAGGAUGGGGUGAUGAAGUGCAAGGCUACAAUCAUGCAGAUCUGUGAGGAAAAGCGCCGGAAAUGUCAAACGGUAUCAGUGGAGGUCCGCAAGUCUCAACACAAGUACAUUAUCGGACCCCGUGGUGCUGGCAUAUCUGAGAUCCUUGCCAACUGCGGGGUCUCGGUGGAAGUCCCUGCCCUUGACAGCUCCUCAGAGACCAUCACACUGCGCGGCGAGCAGGAUAAGCUUGGUCCUGCCCUCACUAUGGUGUACUCCAAGGCUAACAGUGUAGUGUUUGCUGAUGUUGUGGCUCCAUCUUGGCUGCAUCGGUUUAUCAUUGGUAAAAAGGGAGCUAACAUCAGGAACAUCACGGAGGAAUACACCAAGGUCCAUAUCGAAUUCACGGAUGGCCAAGACAAGAUCACGGUUGAAGGCCCCCCAGAGGAGGUUGAUUUGGCUGUCAAGUCCUUGGAGACUGCGGUUAAAGAUCUGAAAUCUCGGAUGGAUUUUGCAGAAGUUCUUAUUGACCAACGUUUUCACAAGCAUAUCAUCGGUAAAAAUGGAUCAAACAUUACAAGAAUCAAGAAUGAAACUGGGGUGGCGAUAAGGAUUCCGAAUGACAGCGAGCACAGCAAGGUGAUUCGUAUCGAGGGCGACCCUGCAGGUGUCAUUCAGGCUAAGAAGGAACUCCAAGAGAUGGCACUGCGAAUGGAAAAUGAGAAAACCAAGGACAUCAUAAUCGAACAGCGUUUUCACAAGAGCAUCAUCGGAGCGAAGGGAGAGAAAAUCCGGGAGAUCCGAGACAGGUUCAACCAAGUUCAAAUCACCUUCCCCGACCCUGGCAAGAAGAGCGAUGUUGUAACGCCGGGCCCCAAGAACGAUGUCGACAAGGCUUUCAAGUACAUGCAGAAGAUGCACGAGGAGUUGGUUGAAAGUAAUCAUCAAGCUCAAGUUCAUAUCUUCAAAGGAUUCCACAAGAACAUUAUUGGCAAAGGUGGUGCCAAUAUCAGGAAGAUCCGAGAUGAAACUGACACAAGGAUUGACCUGCCCAGUGAACUGAGUGACUCUGAUGUGAUCACCAUCACAGGGAAGAAAGCUAAUGUGGAGCAGGCUAAAGAGAAGAUCGAGUUAAUUCAGAAGGAACUGGCCAACAUCAAGGAGAUCACCAUAGAAAUCCCCCACAAGCUUCACAACUCCAUCAUCGGUGCCAAGGGACGUCUCAUCCGAGCUAUCAUGGACGAGUGUGGGGGUGUGAUCAUCCGCUUCCCCAGCGAGGGCAGCACCAGCGACAGAGUGACGAUCAGGGGACCCAAGGACGACGUGGAGAAUGCCAAGAAACAGCUGCAGGAACUCACCAGUGAGAAGCAAAUGUCAAGCUUCACCAAUGAAAUUAAGGCCAGGGCACAGUACCACAAGUUCCUGAUUGGAAGAGGAGGUACAAAUAUCAGGAAGGUUCGUGAAAACACAGGUGCUCGUAUCAUCUUCCCAGCCAAUAACGAUGCUGAUCAGGAGACGAUUGUUGUUGUCGGGACACAGGACUCUGUGAACAAGGCCACCAAGGAACUGGAGGCACUGAUCAGCAAUCUGGACAACAUUGUUGAGAUAGAUACAAAUGUAGACCCCAAACAUCAUCGCUAUUUUGUUGCUCGCCGGGGUGAAGUGCUGAGACAGAUUGCGGAUGAGUAUGGUGGAGUGACGGUCAGCUUCCCUCGUAGUGGAGUGAAGAGUGACAAGGUCGUUAUCAAAGGUGCUAAAGAUUGUGUUGAGGGAGCUAAAAAGAAAAUACAAGACAUAGUGGCUGAUUUGGAUGCCCAAGUGACGGUGGAGUGCGUCAUAUCCCAGCAGCAUCACCGUACAGUCAUGGGGGCCAGUGGCUACAACAUCAAGGAGAUCACCAAGAACUUUGAGGUGGGAAUCAAGUUCCCUGACAAGCCCACUGCCAAUGGAGCAGCCAGACCAGAAGCAGCUGGUGAUGAGGAGCCGCUGGUGAACGGCGACUCGGAAAGUGCUGAAGGGGAAGGAGAGAAGACGAAAAAGAGAGACAUAAUCAUCAUCACUGGCAAACCCGAGAACUGUCAACAAGCCAAGGAUGCCCUGCUGGCUCUGGUGCCAAUCACUGAGGAGAUGCAGAUACCAUUUGAUUUCCAUCGGUUCAUCAUCGGCCAGAAGGGACGCGAUGUGCGCAAGAUGAUGCAGGACUACAAUGUGAACAUCUCCAUUCCACCGAUGGAGGAGAAGAGUGACAUCGUCCGCAUCUCUGGCCCCAUCACCAACGUUGAGAGGGCCAAGGCAGGCCUGCUGGAGAGGGUCGAACAGCUGGAGAAGGAGAGAGAGGACAGGGAACUGCAGAGCUUUGAACUGAAGGUGGAAGUGGAACCUGUGCACCACCCAAAGAUCAUUGGACGCAAAGGGCUAGUUGUGAAGAAGAUCCGAGAGGAUCAUGGCUGUCGCAUCCAGUUCCCAGAGAAAGGAGAUGAGAAUCAGAAUAUCAUCACCAUUGUGGGUUACGAAGAUAAAACUCACUUUGCUAAGGAGGAUAUUCUCAAGAUUGUCAAGGAACUGGAAGAGAUGGUGACUAUUGAGGUGCGUGUUGAUCACCGCAUCCAUCCCAGGAUCAUUGGCUUCAAGGGGCGAGCUGUGAGGAAGGUGAUGGACGACUACCAGGUGGACAUCCGUUUCCCCCGACCAGAGGAUGGGGACCCAGACAUUGUCACCAUCACUGGGAUGGAAGACAAUGUGUAUGAAUGCCAGGACCACUUGCUCAAUCUGCAGGAGGAAUUUCUUCAAGAUGUCAUUGACCAGGAGUACAUCAAGCAGCUUCAGCGUCCUCCCAGCAAGCAGGACGGGGACAACCGCGGUGGGCCACCAGAUCCGCGUGGCUUUGUUGUGAAGGAUGCACCAUGGGACAAGACUCCCGACACUGCCAGUACCGAGGAGUUUCCUGCGUUCGGUGCUGUAGUGGCACCCAAGUCCAGUCACGCUUGGGGUCCAUUAAAGCGCAAGAACUAAACUCACCACAUGGUAGCUUGCGACAUAGUAAAUUCUGUCAAUCUUUGGAGGGUUUCUAUAAAGCUAAAGCCUGCUUUUAGUUUGUUUUUCUGCUGUUAUUAUAUAAAUAAAACCUGAAGAAAUAUUUAAACAUUUCUUCAUUUUGUAGUUGUGAUCUACCCCUUGGGCAUUUAUUGACACUGUCCUAUUUGGAGUUCUAUAUCUACCUUACCAUGGCACCAAGUAAUUGUACUUCAAAGAAGAAAUGGCAAACUGAGGAUGACUGGUAGUUGUACCGUUAUGUUUUUAACUUCUGUUUGUUCCACUCACGUCUCUGAAUCCACAAGUAUAAUUACAGUGAGUUAGUAUUGUGAUAUAAAACUAGAGGAACUACCAAAGAGUUUCCGAGAUAUGUGUGGUACAUACAGACAUGUUUAACAUGUUAAUCUUUUAUGGGAUUUUUUUUUCUUGACAACUGGGGCCUGUGGGAUAGUUAUUCUUAGUUCCUGUUACGAUUCAGACCACUUGUACAAAGCCUUGUUUUAAGUUUUAUUGUACUAGUCAUUUUCAUGGAAAUGACAUGGUAAAAACUCUUGUGGCUGUUCGAGUCAAACUGUGAAAACUGUAAAUAGCCACUUAAAUAGUAGCUGCAAUAUUUUUGUCACAAAAAAUUAAAUUAUGCAAUAUUAGCUUAUGUGAACGGAACAAGAAGAAACCUAUUUUAAUCCUUCCAUGCUCUGUUCCAUUCCAAGCCACAAGGUCUGAAUGAUUAUGCAUGUUAAUUUUGUCAUGUGAUGUUGCCAUGGCAACCAUUCUAAGAAGGUUCUGCAAAGACAUUGUGGAAGCUUGUAGUCAUGUGAUAGUAACCAUGGCAAUCACCUCAGCAGCUGUUUCCACGGAAACAAUAAGAUUAAUAUUUCAGUGGAACUACGGAAGUUUGGGUGAUGGUCAUUUGUUUGUUUUCCAUGCAUAUAUAUUCAUUGAAUCAUUGAAUCGCGGCGCUCAUGAUGCUGCCGCUCAUGUAAUAUAUGUAAGAAUUCUGUGCACAGAAUGAGCCAUUGCAUCUCCUGUGCGUAACUAUCAUGAUAAUUUAUCAUGAGUAAUAAAGAAAUUUGAGCCAA